UGACCAAUGCAUUGGACAACCUUUUACUCUCAUCUUUUCUUUUCUCUACAUUCCAUACGAUGCAACGCGGAAGUUGCCAAGAAGUUCCUCCUCAUGCAACGAGACUUACAUAAGGAGCUCCAUCAUCUUCCCCGAUCCAUCUCCAAUUAAUUCUACUUUGCAUUCAUAAUGACUUCUACCAUCGCAUUCCCGGGAGUCCUUUCCUCUCCUUCCUCCAAUUCCCCAUUUUUAACCUCGCAAUCAAAUCAUGAUGUAUUCUUAAGUUUUCGGGGAGACGAUACUCGCAAUAAUUUUACCAUUCAUCUUUAUCAUGCUUUGAUUCAAAAGGGAAUCAACACUUAUAAAGAUGACAAGGAGCUUAGAAAAGGUGAAAAAAUUUCACCAGCACUUUCAAAGGCCAUUGAAGAGUCAAAGAUUUCGAUCGUAAUAUUUUCUAAAAACUAUGCGUCAUCUACGUGGUGUUUGGAUGAGCUGUUGAAGAUCCUAGAGUGUAAAGAAUCAAAGCAACAGAAGGUUCUAGCAGUCUAUUACAAAGUCGAGCCAUCGACAGUACGACACCAAAAUGAAAGUUUUGAAGCAGCGUUCGCUAAACAUAAAGAAAAGUUCGAUGAUGCUAAAGUUCAGAAGUGGAAGACUGCCUUAAAUCAAACUGCCGAGCUAUCCGGUUUUCAUUUGAAGAUCGACGAGGACGAAUAUGAGUUUAUCCAGAAGAUUGUUCAAGAGGUCUCAACAACCUUACCAAAUCGUUUUGACUUGCAUGUGACCGAGUAUCCGGUGGGAAUACAAUCUCAUGUAGAAGUUAUUAAUGAGCUAUUAUGUAUUGAGGAGAAUGACAUACGCAUGAUAGGGAUUUUCGGUAGUGGUGGAAUUGGUAAAACAACGAUUGCAAAAGCGGUGUAUAAUCACAUUAAUGAUCAAUUUAAAGGAAGUUGUUUUCUUCCAAAUGUUAGAGAAUCAACAAAACAAGAUCAAGGCCAUGGUCUCGUAAAGUUGCAACAAAAAAUUCUUUUUGACAUGAUUCGUAAAGAUUCAAGUUUGAAAGUUGAUAAUUCUGAUCGAGGAAUCAAUUUGAUAAAGGAGAGACUUUGCCGUAAAAGAAUUCUUUUGGUUCUUGAUGAUGUUGAUUGUUUGGACCAAUUAAAAAAAUUAUGUGGAAAAUGCGAUUGGUUUGGUUCUGGUAGUCGAAUCAUCAUAACAACAAGGGAUGAGGGUUUACUAACUAAGCAUCCUGUUCAUUUCAAAUAUCGUAUGAAGGAAAUGGAUUACCAUGAAGCUCUUCAGCUCUUUAGCCAGCAUGCUUUCAAAAGUGACAAACCUAAUGAUUCUUUUGAGGAUGUCAUAAAACUUGCACUAAAGUGUGCUGCCGGCCUUCCACUUGCUUUACAAGUGAUAGGCUCAAAUCUAUAUGGAGAAGAUAUUCAUUUUUGGAAAAGUGAAUUGAAAGAGUACGAAAGAAUUCCAGAACAAAAUAUCUACGAAAAACUCAAAAUAAGUUACGAUGGAUUAGAUUCUCGUACAAAAAAGAUUUUUCUUGACAUUGCAUGUUUCUUUAAAGGAUACGAGAGAGAAUAUGUCACUAAAAUACUGGACGGUUGUGGUUUCAAUGCCUAUGCCGGUAUCAAAAAGCUCAAUGAUAAAUGUCUCAUAACACUUGAUCAAGAUUAUAUUGGUCGCCAAUAUUUGAGGAUGCAUGACUUACUAGAAGAUAUGGGUAGAGAAAUUGUCCGACAAGAAUCACCCGAAGAACCUGGCAAGCGGAGUAGAUUAUACUUUCAAGAAGAUGUUCGUGAAGUACUUGAAAAAAAUAAGGGAACGGAGCAAAUUGAAGGCAUAUUGAUAGAAAUGCCUCGGAAGGACAGCAGGAUACGUUUGGAUUCUGAUGUGUUUGCAAAAAUGGAAAAACUCAGAAUAUUAAAAGUUAGUUACUUCAAUGAUGGUAUUUUUUGUGGUGGAUUGAAUUAUCUCUCUAAUGAGUUAAGAGUUCUUGAUUGGUUCAAUUCCCCUUUGGAGUUUUUGCCAUCUUCUUUUCAUGGAGAGAAACUCAUUGUUUUCAAUAUCGGAGGAAGCAAAAUUAGAGAUUUAGGGACAGGAUUGCAAUUUAAGAACUUCACAAGGAUAGACCUCAGAUACUGUAAAUACUUGACAAAUAUAUCGGAUCUUUCAAGUUGCUCAAAUCUAGAGAUGUUGAUUUUUGUAGGAUGUAAAAGUUUAGUUGAGGUUCAUGAUUCUGUUGGAUUUUUGGAUAAGCUUGUUGAAUUGGAUUUUAGAUAUUGUUCCAGCCUAAAGAAGUUGCCAAGAAGCUUCAAGUUGAGAUCUCUAGAAUUACUUGAACUUGACCGUUGUACUAGUCUUGAAUACUUUCCAAAAAUUGAGUGUGAAAUGAAAUAUUUGAAGGAGCUCUGGUUAGAAGGCACAGUAAUACAAGAGCUACCUUCAUCCAUUACAUACCUCACUGGGCUUGAGACGUUAUAUAUAAAUGAUUGCAUCAGCUUUGUGCAUUUUCCAGUAAACAUUUUUCAGUUGGAACAUCUACAGGAUGUUUCCAUCACUUCUUGUCCAAAUUUUGUAAAUUUUGGAAAGGAGGUGGGGCAUAAUGGACAAUUCGUGCCAUGUACACAGGAAAAUGAAAUUUCAUCAAGUAUGGAAUUGUCGCCUCCAGAAUCAAAUAAUUUAUCUCGGACAUAUAAUUUCCCAUCCAAUUUGAGGAUUUUAAAUCUAUAUGGUAGUGGUAUUGUUAGCCUUCCUCCAUGCAUCGAAGGAUUUGUUGGAUUGUCUGAACUUGAUUUGAGCUACUGCUAUCAACUUGAAGAAAUUCUACACCUUCCACCAAAUAUAAAAGAGAUAAAUGCUACAAGAUGCGAGUCAUUGGAACGCUUUCCUCAUUUAUCGACAGAAUCUUCAUUUGGUACACCCGACUUAAAACGGCUAACAUGGAUUAACUUAUCGGAGUGUAAUAAAAUGCACGUGAAUGUAGGGAAUCAUGCGCCAGAUCCAUUAAUGGUACAGGAACGCUUUCGGGAGAAAGAAUCAAGUACGAUUAUAUAUCCAGGAAGUAGGAUUCCAAAGUGGUUCAAGUAUUGCAAGAUGACUAGUACUUCAUAUACUAGUUCUAUUGAAAUAGAAAUUGAUCAUAAUGCGUCCAUGUGUUUUGGGCAUCACAUCGUGGCAUUAGUUUUGUGUUUUGUUGUGGGACCUCUUCCACAAUGGGGUUUUUAUAGUUAUACUAUCUCAAUAAACGGCCAGCAGAAUGGAAAUAGGUGGUCAGGGUUUAGAUGGUCAGGGUAUUCAGUGGACCCACAUGAUAGUGUAUGUCUAAAAUACAUCGCUGGAAAUUCUAUUGAUGAUAUGCUGUCAAGAAGUUACAGGGAGGGGAAUAAUAAUAUGAGGUUUACAUUUGAAAGUGAUUCAAAGAAAGCAAUCUUCAAAAGUGCUGGAGUCCACCUAAUAUACGGGAAUGACAAUUUCAUUAAUCCUAUUCAACUUUCAAAGAGAUACCGAGAUGAUGGUGAGCAUGACUUGCAACCCGAUUGGAACCCACAACAGAAGUGACAAUCUUCAACCACGAGAAUUAUGGAAUUCAAGGAUGCUAAUGAUGAUUUAGUUAUUGAAGAUUUGGAUUUAGAACGUCGACUUGGGAAUUGAAGUUAAGAAAGGAAUCAAAGUUGCGGAAUGAAUCAAAGUUGGGGGAAAGAACCGCAACGAUCGUGGCAUUAGUUUUUGUGUUUUGUUGCGAGACCUCUUCCGAUGAAAAGAAUAAGAAUAAACGGCCAGCAGAUUAGAACUGAUCAUGAGAUGCGGCUAUAGACUUCAAUGGACCCACAUGAUCGUGUAUGGCUACAAUACAUAGUUGUAAAUUCUAUUGAUCAUGAGAUUCUGUCAAGAAGUUACAGGGAGGGGAAUAAUAAUAUGAGGUUUACAUUUGAAAGUGAUUCAGAGAAAGCAAUCUUCAAAAGUGCUGGAGUCCAUCUACUAUAUGGGAAUGACAAUUUCAUUGAUCCUAUUCAACUUUGAAAGAGAUACCCGCGAGAUGAUGGUGAGCAUGACUUGGAACCCACAACAGAAGAGGCGGGGAUCUUCAACCAGCUCUAGCAUGAUGGAAAUUCAACGAUGCUAAUGAUGAUUUAAUUAAUGAAGAUUUGGAUUUAGAACUUCCACUUGGCAAUUGAAGUUCAUAAAGGAAUCAAAGUUGUUGAAGGAAUCAAAUUACCACUCUUGGUUUUCUCCUCGGGUUUGAUAAAAGUCCUCUUUGGAUGCUUGUGGAAUUUGCAGCAUUCUCCUCGACCACCUUACUAGAAUUUCAGUACAUAUAUACGCCAGGAAUAUUGAAACGGGUUCAAGGCCUCAAAGACUCUGUUUUUAGACCAAGACCAGAUCUGUAAAUGGAGAUUUAAGGGCCUUGAAAGUUAUGUUUUACAGACCUAAGGACCAUAAGGCAAUCUCCUCGACCACUUUACUGGAAUUUCAGUACAUAUAUAUACACCAGGAAUAUUGAAACAUGUUCAAAGGCCUCCAAGACUAUGUUUUUAGACCAAGACCAGAUAUUUAAAGGGAUAUUUAAGUGCCUUGAAAACUAUGUUUUACAGACCUAAUGACCAUAAGAAAGCUUUCUAUGAGACUAUCACGUCUUCCCAUAUUGGAAAGGAUGCUGGAUGAGUUGUUAUACUAGGCAGUAGAAGGUCACCAUUAAAAGGCUGAAGUUAAUGACCAAAUUUGUGUGUGGAGGGAAGAAAGAUGAGGAUGCAUUGCUACAUCUAAUGGAUGCAACUGCAGACAUGCCACUGUUCCUGCAGCACCCCCUCCCUGUCAUGUUGAUGUAGGAUAUGCAAAAAUCAGAAACCCUCCUAAAGUUCAAGGCCGCCCUUCAACCCAAUGACGCAUUAAUCAACUGGAAUGGCUCAACAACACCAUGUUCUGAGCAUAACGUAAAUUGGGUUGGUGUUCAUUGUGGGAAAGGAAAAGUUAAGGGUUUACGACUCGAGAAUAUGAGACUAAAUGGUUUCAUUGAUGUGGACUUGCUCGCGUUACUGUCGAAUUCGAGAACUAUAAGCUUUAUGAAGAAUAAUUUUAACCUUGCCAAAGCUUUUGGAGUUAAGGCUUGAGGAUAACCAUUUUGAUGGUCAGAUACCAGAUUUUCAACAGAAGUCAUUGAGUGCUUUUAACGUAUCAAGCAAUGAAUUGGGAUGGAUUCAAGCUCCUUCUCUGGAAAUUUAGAGCUAUGUGGAAUGCCUAUGGGUAAUUGUGACGAAGGCUCAAUUCCAAGUGUCCUAGUGAUUGUCAUACUUGCAACGAUGGCAACAAUCGGAAUAGGUGUGGUGGUCUUCAUCAACCACAAGAGGCAACCUUCUUUAUUGACAAAGGCUCUAGUACAGCCAUUAAACUUGCAAAAGAAAUCAGGCAUAAAGGAAUCAAACGAAUCAAGGCAAGACUCAACAAACUACAGUGGAAAUACCAAGAAGGUUGAGAAUGUGAAGCUGGCCUUUGUCAGGGAAGAUAGGGAGAGGUGAUGGUUGUGAAGCGGUUCAAACAAAUGAAUAAUUUGGGGAAAGAGGAGUUUCAAGAGCAUAUGAGCAAGCUAGGGAGGUUGAGACACCCGAAUCUGCUUCCUCUGGUGGCGUACUACCAUAUAUAGGAAGGAAGAGAAGCUCUUAGCAUUUUGACCAUGCAGAAGGCCAUCUUGGCCGUUCAUCUACAUGCCUCUUGUAGCUAUUGAACUGGCCUCAUUCUAGACCACCUCAAGAGGUAGCACAACCACCAUAGAAGCCACCAAAGCAGCAGGUAAGAUCCCUCUUUUAAUUCUGUCCAAAACUGUAGCAUAGCAGCAAACUCUUUCUGCAAUGCGUUUUCUCCUCUAAAUUUAUGCAAUUGAUUCCUUCCUACUAGUUUCUGUUUGGUAGACUCUCUAGCUUGUUUAUCUCCAUUUGAUCACUUCUAAAUCCUUGCUUGUGUAAUUAGGAAUGUAUUAGAAAGAGGGAAGGUUUGAAAACAAGAAAAUACACAAGCUCUUGGCUGUCCUUCCAGUGCAGAAAAAAUUCAGCAACUUCAACCCUUGAUUCCUAUUAAGUUUCAGCACCUUAGUUUGCUUUUAUUUCAUCUCUUCAACUCAGCCUCAAUAUGUGACAUUAGGACAACCAAAUGACCUUAAAAUCUCAGACCAAAACCAGCUCUUAAGUAGCUGAAACUAAGGGGAACAGCAACACACACAACAACAGCAGAAAGUUGUAAGAGACAGCAGCAGUAACAGUCUCAUUUUGUUUUCCCUCUCCUUCUCACAUGUAAUCUCUUCUUACUCCAAGGACCCUCAUCUAUACAAUAUAUUCUAGUCCAGUGGAUGAAAUAUUCGAGCUCAGAAUGAAGCAAAACAGAAAACAAAAACAUCCUAUCUGCGGCAGCAGUUUUCA